GUCUUUCGCACCACGCGCCGAUCGAGCUCCUCAACAUUGAUCCACUAACGAAUAGACGCAUACUAUGGCGGAAGUCGUUGAGUCCGCGAUUGCACUCCCAGAGCCGGAGGACCUCGCCGAGCCAGGAGACAACAGCUUGAAGCGACGACAGUCCGAAGAAGCAGACGCCGAGAGUAGCAGCAAGCGGCAGCGGACAAGCCCUGGUAAGACAUCACCGAAAACGAAGGGAAAAGAAGAAGUCGUGUCGUCGGCCGCGCGACCGCGAUCAGUUACACCUGUCGAGUCGAAGAAUGAGCCAAGCAAGGCGCAGACGCCAGCGGAAGACAGCAAAGAUGCUCGCAGAAGGAGCUCAGCGAAGGGCGCGGACGAAAAGCAGCGCAGCAAGAGGUUGUUUGGAGCACUACUUGGAAACUUGAAUAGGCCCAGUGAUAGAACAUCAAAGAGACGGGCAGAAAUAGAGCAACGGAAGAAAGCUGAGCUUCAGAAGCAGGACGAUGAACGCCUCGAGGAUCGACAGAAGAGGCUCGAGCGGCUAGCCGUCCAGCGUAAGAAAGAGCAGAUCGAUGUUGAUGAGCGCGAUAUGCAUGUCCGGCACAAGAAUCUGCUAAGCAAAGCAAAUUUCCUGCAGACAAGAGCAGAGCCUAAGCUUUAUUAUCGACCAUGGGAUCUCUUGCCUGAUGAGGAGGAUCUUGUUGAGCAGCAGAUAAAGGAUGCACAGGCCCAGAUCGACCGAGAGCUAGUCGAAUGGGAAGACGAGAAGGAGAGGCGUUUGAACGAGUUUAAAGAGUCAAAAGCUCCACGGAACACGAACGAGACACCGCCGAAAGCCGGUACAAACACCGCGAACGACGAGGAGCCGGGCAACGCCGACACGCUCGAAGCGAAGCACAAUGGAAAGACUAAUAGUCCACUCCAACAUGAGACCAACGCCGAUGCCGAUGUUACCGGUGCUAAAGAGGCUGACAAGGCAACGGCCGAAACGAACGAUUCAGUACGAGCGUCAUCGCAACCUGCAGACGAUGCGGAGAAUGAGAAACAGGAAGGAAGGCUCGGAACAGACACACCGGAGGAAUCUGGCGCAGUGCAACAGACCAAGGAUGAACAGAACGACAAACCCGAUAACGCCCCAAACCGGGACGGUAACGAAGAACCCCAGACUCAGAGCGACGUUAAAGAAGACAAGGAAGACAUCGAUGAUGAUGGAGACCAUAUGGUUGAAGGAGAUGAAGACAACGUCAUCUAUUAAUGUGCCUUGGUCGACUGGUUACUUCGAAGUCAUUGAUACCAUUAUUUCGGAUCGCCAGAUGUUCGAUGUAAUAAGAACUAUCAACGCUGCACACGGGCGGACUUGACCGUACUUGGCUUCGCAUUUGCACUCGUGGGCCGCGAGCCCGCGGCUUCAGCAAGUAUUCAUCACAUGAAUUCAUAUUCGUGGUACGCUGAUCAUUAGUAGUUCCCUCAGAUCAGCUCCAUUCCUCCUUUUCAUCUCUGUCGCUUCUGGACCCAGGAAUUGACAUAUACGCCAAUUCUCUGAAAGAUAUCUGCUCUGGCUUUACGGCGUAUGGUCCGAUUGCGGGAUCAAGUCACCACGAGUCUUCAAAAAAACCGCUGCAUCAUUAUUCAAAGCCGGGUUCGUGUGGCAAUGUAUGCCUGGGCUCCACCAUCACUGAUGGCACGUCACAUCCUCUUGCGAGCAGGUAGCUGUGCAUUUGCUUCGAGCGAAGGGAUUGUGGCAUUCGACGCGGUCUCCUCAUUCCAAGGGCCUAUUGCAAUGGCAACGGGAACGGCGCUGCCUUCGAGGACGCGUACAGAUCUCGCGUCGCGACAGAGUUCGAUCGGCACUGGAACUCUGCCAAUCCUUCCCAAAACGCCACGAUGUAGCAGAAGACAUGUAUCAUCACAUCCUCCUGACCAAGGCAACAGGACCGUCGAAUUGAUGUCGUCCUUGCACCACGUAG